CAUGCAUUGUAACCUAAUUUCACUUUUCCCAACCACAAUUUUCUCUUUUUCUAAAUUUUCUUUUCCCAAACCGGACUCCAAACCAUUUUCUUAAACAAAAUACAUAAUUUCCAUCCUUUUCUUUAUUUAAUUACUUAUAUUCCAAUAAACUAAUAAGAGUAAUUGUUUAACCCACUUAAUUAACUUUUCCAUCAUUAUUAUUUUGAUAUUUUCCUUUAAUUACGAUUCGGACAUACUGAGGAAAGCUAGCAACCCAAAAUUAUUUUUUUUCUUUUUUAACUUAUCAAAAACUCCAUAUUUGACAUUUUCUCAAGAAAUCUCAUUACUUCAUAAAUCCCAAAAAAUUCAAUAUUUACCCCAUAAUUCGAAAAUAUUCUAUAAUAUUUUCACCAAAAAUUUCUGAUCUUUUCCAUCUUUAUUCUAGCUAAAAAUGAAUACUCUUAGUUUUUUUCCAGUUUAAUCUUGCUCUGUUUUUUUUCCUGCUAAGCUCUGAAAAAUUAUGGUUUUUUGAAGAAAAGAAGAGGAAAUUUUUUUAUUUUUUUUCCUAGGUGAAUUUUUUUCUUUUAUUUUUUGGAGCAUGGAGGGGAGUAACAGUGGAGUAACAGUAGUGGGAUCAGAUGCACCAUCAGAUUACCACGUGGCAGCUAGGACAACGACUCCGACAACACAAGUAGUAACAUCCGAGGUUGUCGUUGUUUCACCAACUCCGGCAGCGGCGCCGGCAAUAGCUGCCGGAGCCGGUGAGGGAUUGAAGAAGAAGAGAGGAAGACCAAGAAAGUAUGCUGCAGAUGGGUCAUUAAAUGUUCUUUCACCAAAGCCAAUUUCAUCAUCAGCACCAUCUCCGUCGCCGGUGAUUGAUUUUGCUUCUUCUUCGACGGAGAAAAGAGGGAAAAUCCGGCCAGUUGGGUUGGUUAGUAAAGUUCAUAAUCAAGCUAAAGUUGAUUUAGAGACUCCUGGUGAAUGGGUUUCAUGCUCUGUUGGUGCUAAUUUUACCCCUCAUAUUAUUACCGUAAAUACUGGAGAGGAUGUCACCAUGAAGGUUAUAUCAUUCUCUCAACAAGGGCCUCGAGCAAUAUGCAUUCUUUCAGCAAAUGGUGUAAUUUCGAGCGUCACACUUCGUCAACCGGACUCCUCUGGUGGCACAUUGACAUAUGAGGGCCGGUUUGAGAUACUGUCUUUGAGUGGAUCGUUUAUGCCAUCAGAGACCGGAGGAAUGAGAAACAGAUCUGGCGGAAUGAGUGUUUCUCUAGCUAGCCCUGAUGGUCGUGUUGUAGGGGGUGGAGUAGCCGGUCUAUUAGUAGCUGCCAGUCCUGUGCAGAUUGUUAUAGGCAGCUUUCUUGCUGGAGAUCAGCAUGAGCAGAGAGCCAAGAAGAACAAACAGGAGCCCAUUAUUGCUGCUGUUCCUCUACCGGAGAUAGAAGACCCUUGUCACCCUUCAGGCAAACAAACUACGCCAACCUCCUCUUCUUUCCGCGUAGAUAAUUGGUCAGCUCCCGAUUCUAGGACUAAGCCAGCUGAAAUAAAUGUAACUACCAGCAUAGGGUGAAAUUUAAAUGUGGUUUACUAGAAUUGUUUAAACCACAAGGAUUACGCUUCUUUAAUGAAGUUCCCAUUGAUCCUUCUCACCUCUCUAUUUGCUGUUUGUGUAAACUAGUUUUCUAGAUAGCCUUUGUUGUUCUGGUGUUUGGCUGUAGAAUUUUAGAUUUAUGUUGAAUUCCAGAAAUGAACACCAUCUUAGUGUUUUUUAAGGGUUUAUGUCUAGUUUUAACAGGCAUAUUCAUCCUCUUAAUUUUAUGGCACAUUUUGUACUUUGGACCA